UGGUAAAAACAGUGAUACAGCGCAGACGCAAUGGAAAUUACUUGGUGCUCAGCCAAUAAGAAGUUGCCGUGAAGCCAUACAGGCUCGUUUUGUUCACGUGAUAACGCCGUGUUAAAACUGCUCCCGCUCUCACCUAGUAUUAUUGCUCGUUGUCAGAGCGUAUAUACUGUUUGCGUGUGGAUCACGUAGAAAGCCUUAUGUUCUUACGGUCCUGAGAUGUGAGAGGGAAACAGCUUUACAGGGACUUUUAUAGACAUUCCAACCAAAGAGACCCCCAGUUUGAACCGCUCCAAGUUGGUGAUUAACUGACUAAAGAAUUUUGUAACCAAGAUAUGACAGGAUAUUGGUAAAAUUAAGGAGUUAACAAUGUCACCUGCAGUUGGGAAUAGUAAAACUGGACGAUUUUGCUUUCCAGAAGAAACAAAUAAGCCUUCCAGGCCAACUGCUCGAUUCUCACUACGUAAUUGUUUUUUCUGGCGUGAAGAAAAGAAUAAAAUGCAUGGACUUUUAAAAUCAAACUCAUUUGAAGAACAUCAUGAAACAGAAAAGAAACUAGUUCCAAAAUCAAAAUCUUGUGAUACUGGUGUUGCUGCUUACCUAAUAUCAUCAAAAAACAAAUCCUCCUCGCUGAUUUUAAAGACAGUUCCUACUGUGGUUAAAAAGUCCACAUCACCGCGUGAUCAAGAAGGUUUAAAAGUACCUUCAGCAUCCAAACUAUUCAAGAUGUCCUUUAGUAGUAACGAUAUUUGUAAAUCCUGGUCCUUACCUAAGCUUACGUCACAUAUUAGUCAGCCCCACAUACAAAUGAAUUCUAAAAAUCUUGGCUUGUCUUCCAGUCAGGUCCAUGUCCUCAGAAAGGGCCCUCACUCUGUAUCAGAUCUCUUAACCCUAGCAGCCACAAGCAGUAAGGAUUUGUCAGCCAUUUCUCUUCAAAAGACAUCAUUUCGAAAGGAUUCAGGAUUUUAUAGAAACGAUCAAACAAGUCACCUAGUUAUUUGUAAACUGUGUCUAAUGAUGGUACCCCAGGGGGCACUGUAUCAGCUUAAAGGAUGCGGAUGCUUUUUCUGUGAAAUGUGUCUACAACAGUACUUAACUGUCAACAUUCAGGAUGGAAAUGUAAUUAUUACUUGUCCAGAUGGAGAAUGUGGGAAAGCAGCCAAGAUCCUGGUUUCUGAGGUAGAAAAGUUGGUGAACCCAGAAGUUUAUAAACAGUUCAAAAGAUUUAAACUAAAUAGAGAAGUAGAACUGGAUCCCACAAGAACUUGGUGUCCUGGAAUAAAUUGUGAAACGAUAUGCUAUGUUAGGCCUACUGUGAAAGGUGAAGAGAAUGUGGCUGUUUUUUGUCCUAAGUGUGGCUUUGCAUUUUGCUCUGUAUGUAAGGAAAAGUGGCAUCCAUCUAAAACCUGCGAUGAGCUGAGGAAAGAUAUGAUAGAUGAAGAGGACCCUCUACCAGUGGAUGUUAACAAUUCCAGCAUUAAGCGUUGUCCUAACUGUCAUAUUUUAAUUGAACGAGAUGAAGGAUGUGCACAGAUGAUGUGUAAAAGAUGUAAACAUGUUUUCUGUUGGUACUGUUUAACAUCACUGGAUGAUGACUUUCUCCUGAGACAUUAUGAUAAAGGACCUUGUAAGAAUAAACUUGGCCAUACCAGAGCUUCUGUUGUGUGGCAUCGAACUCAGGUUGUGUGUAUAUUUGCUGGGUUUGGUUUUCUUCUACUGGUAGCAUCUCCACUGUUGUUGCUCGGAGCUCCAUGUUUUCUCUGCUGUCAGUGUAAACGUUGCAAACUAAUUGAUGAGGAGCCUACAGCUGUUUAAACGUUGCAAACUAAUUGAUGAGGAGCCUACAGCUGUUUAAACGUUGUAAACUAAUUGAUGAGGAGCCUACAGCUGUUUAAACGUUGUAAACUAAUUGAUGAGGAGCCUACAGCUGUUUAAGUCAUCAUAUUACAAGCUGUUGAUGGGAUUGAUGAACAACAUGAUAAGUUACAUUAAAACCAGAUUGUUGAUGUGGUUUAGCUACUUUACUGGUAGAAGAAUUUACUUGGAAUAUGUGAAAGUGAAUCAGUUUGGACCUUGGAGGGAAGUAUCUCCUGUGAAGUCGUCAUACAAACUUCAGGGACAAGAAAUAUUUUGUUACAUUAAAACCAGAUUGUUGAUGUGGUUUAGCUACAUUACUGGUAGAAGAAUUUCCUUGGAAUAUGUGAAAGUGAAUCAGUUUGGACCUUGGAGGGAAGUAUCUCCUGUGAAGUCGUCAUACAAACUUCAGGGACAAGAAACAUAAGUUACAUUAAAACCAGAUUGUUGAUGUGGUUUAGCUACAUUACUGGUAGAAGAAUUUCCUUGGAAUAUGUGAAAGUGAAUCAGUUUGGACCUUGGAGGGAAGUAUCUCCUGUGAAGUCUUCAUACAAACUUCAGGGACAAGAAAUAUUUUGUUAAUUUUAAAACUUUUUGACAAGUAUAUACAGUUCAGUUGUCAAGUAUUGUUUCAUAUUUAAGGUUCUUUACCAUUGGAGCAUUGAAGAUAAGUUAAUACGAGUCACUGUGGCUUUUAAACGUGCUUCAUCUGGCAAAAAUAAGCAUUGAAAAUUCCAAGAUUUUGAUAUGUCUACCAUGAUUUUUUAAACUCUUGAUGCAAUUCAAACUAUGACCCUUUUACAUUAUAUCUGGAUUUUGAUACUAAUUUUGUAUUUAUGUUAAGAUGGUUGUUCGAGUGCAAGUUUUUUUACUUUUAAAUUUAAAACUUAGGUGUACUAUCCUCGUGCAUGAACCUUUACUGCUAACCUGUAUGCAGAUUUUAAGCCAUAGUAUAUAUCUAGUCAGCCUGACUUAAUUUUGGAUGAAAUAACGUUGCGUCAGACUCAGCUGUGUUUAAAAGGAUUUUAUGUAAAAUGACGAUUUACGUCACGGACCAAUGUAAAAUUAGAUCAUAAUCUAAGUUUGUGACACUCCCUCUCUAAAAGUUUUUUGGAAUGGACUGCAUCAGAUAGCUAAGAAAUACCAUGAAAGGAGGGGAAAAAAAUUAUCUUUGUACAAACCCAAAGUUAAACUGGACAAGAAAUAUUAACCUCUCUAGCACAUGUCCUGUACAACUGUAUUAAUUUGAUACUUUUUUGGCCUAACAGUUAAUACAAUCCAAAUUUAUUCAGUAUUGCUAGCAAAUGAAAUAGACAACUAAUAAGAUUAAAAUAUUUAUCAAAAUGUGGUAAAAUAGAUAUUUCAUGUCACACGAGUAAGAAUCUUAUUAGCAGAACUUAGAGUUACACAUUAUUACAUACUGUUUUUAUAGCAUGAAAACAAGAUGCUUUACAUGUUGCACGAAUCUGUAGAAUUAAACAAACUAAGGGUAUUUAAUAUCCUGAUGAAUAACUGCUGAAACAUCCAAGGUUCUUUUAACUUAUUUCUGUAAACAUUGCUUUUGAAAUGCAAAUGAUGAAUUAGGGGGGGUGGGUGUACAAGGUAUUGAUAAACCAGCAGCUUACAGACUACUCACUAUACUAUUUAUUUUCUGAACAAUACGUCAUUAUAUUAAAACCAUUGUCAAAAAACAGUUACUUUUGCAUGUUUGAAUAUUUAAAAUUUUUGGAGCAAAGGCAGAGUCUUUAGUAGACGAGUUUUGUCUAUUGAAUGGCAUUAUUAGAAACAAAUAACCAGUGUUUUUAUUUCUGAAAGGCUUUCGAAUGGUAAACACUUGCAUUAACCAAUUUUACAGCUUAACUUAAUACAACUUUUCUUACAUUACUCCUUAUAGGUUCAUGUUACUGUAGUUGUUCUGUUGGUACCACUUAUUUGAACCAAAGUUACAGUAUCAACAUUCAAGGUUUCAACAGACUAAGAAUUUCAUAGUUGAAGUGUUUUCUUUUUAGUAAAAAUCGCUUUCUUUACAAUAAAGGUUAGAUAAUGACCAAAUGAACUGAUGUCCAGUUUAUCACUGUUGGUCCACAUCGACUAACCAAUUGUAGAUUACUCUGUAAUGGUAUAUAUUUUUUUUUUUAAAUAUUUAUUGGGUGGUUUUUUAAAUUGAAAUUUCUUGUAACUUCUGUUUUGCAAGAGUUGCCCAAGCAGUUCUCUGUAGAAACUACCAAGUUUCACUGAGUAAACACUUGUACUUGAUAAGUUUAACAUAACUAGUUAGACAUUGUUCAUGAACUUACAGCUAGUAGAAGGAAAAAAGAUAGUUUAUUGUGGAAAUGAUAUAUACCCUCCCCCCAAAACAACUUAAGCAGUUAGUACAUCAACCAAACUUAUAUAACUUACAACUCCCAUGCCACAUCAUUAUACCAAGUUCAAAAAUAAAAAUUUAACAUUCAGUUUACUUACACAAAAGUUUGAUAUAAUAGUGGAGAGCUACAAUUUAAAAAGUUUACAGUUAAUUUAAAAACACGCACAACUGAACUUGUUACAAGAUGUGUACUAUGCAUUAUUAACAUAGAGGAUCAUGCUUGAUAUACACAUUUUCUCCUAAAAGCUUUAGGAUUUAAUAUAUUUAUGUUUAGAAAUUGUGAUAACGUUCCUCUUACAACUAAGUGUGUGGUGAGAAAAAUAGUAAUAAACUACAAAUGUAUUA